CUCCCCUCACCUCCCUCCCGCGCCCUAGGAAAAGUUUUGCUUAUCUCAAAUUUGCCCCCCAAAUUCCCCAAUUCCAAUCUCUCUCUCUCUCCCCCCGCCCCCAAAAAAGUCAAAACAUCAAAGACGUGUUUUUUUUGGUUGCACAGAGCUGCUCUCUUACUCUUUACUCUACUCUUUCUACUCUCUCGAUCUUCUAGGGUUCCCUUCAAUUUUAGGGUUUAGGGAAAAAAAACUGACUUUUGCUGUUUGAUUGGUGGUUUCUAUGGCGACGGAAACCCUAGAAGAGAAGAAACCAGAGGAGGAGGAGGAGGAGGCUGCUCCAGUUAACGCUAAAGAGGAGGUUAAGGAAGACAAAGAGAAAGAGGAAGAAAAAGAGGAGGAAAGCAAGGAGGUUUUCGACAAACAAGUUUCUCGGGAAAGGGAGGAAAAGAAGGAACUUGACGACCAAGAGGGAGAAAAAGAGGAGGAAAAAGAGGAAGAGAAAAAAGAGGAGAAAGAAGAGAAAGCUGAGGAGACUAAGGAGGAAGAAGUGAAGGAAGAGGAAGGGAGUAAGAAAUCGAAAGGGAGUAGUCGAAAGCGAAGCUCCAGGAAGGAGCCAACUGAGUCUAAGAAACCGAGUCGACAAUCGUCUGAAAACAAGAAAGCGAGUCAGGAAUCGGCCGAGAAGAAAGGGCCUGUGACGCCGAGUAGCGAUAGGCCUACGAGGGAAAGGAAAGUGGUGGAGAGAUAUUCAGCUCCUUCCGUUGCCAGGUCUUCAUCUGGCAAACCUUUGUCAAUUGAAAAGGGUCGCGGUACACAGCUUAAAGAUAUUCCAAAUGUGGCUUUCAAGUUGUCGAAGAGAAAACCUGAUGACAAUCUGCAGAUGCUUCAUAUGAUACUUUUUGGAAAGAAAGCAAAGCCUCACGGUUUGAAGAGAAACAUUGGCCAAUUUUCAGGUUUUGUUUGGGCUGAGAAUGAGCAGGAAAAACAAAAAUCCAAAGUAAAGGAAAAACUUGACAAAUGUGUUAAAGAAAAAUUGGUUGAUUUCUGUGAUUUGCUGAAUAUUCCAAUAACGAGGGCCACUGUAAAAAAGGAGGAAGUCUCUGCCAAAUUGUUGGAAUUUCUGGAAUCUCCCCAUGCUACAACUGAUGUUCUACUUGCUGACAAGGAACAGAAAGGUAAAAAGCGUAAAGCUACACCAAGUAAAAACAUCAGUUCAGGGGAAGCAUCAGAUACAUCAGCCAAGAAGCGAAGAACAAGCCAAGGUGGGGAAAAGCGUAAGCGUUCACCCAAAGCUGAGGAAGAAGAUGAGGAUGAUGAUAAAGUUGAAUCCCUUGACACUAAGGGUGAUUCUCAUGAAGACAAUGCUGACAUUAUACCAAAAGAAGAGAGUGAUGAUGAAGAUACUAAAUCAGAGGAAGAAGAUGAACCCAAGAAGUCAAGCAACAAAAGCACUUCAAAAAAGAUUGCAAAGGAGAGUCCAGAAUCAAAAGGCAAGGAUAAAUCUACAUCUGGAAGGAAGGUAACACCUGCAAAAUCUGUGAAAAGUCCUUCAAAACCUAGCAAAAGAUCUUCUGGAUCAACUUCAAAACAAGUUUCUAGUGAUGUUGAUGGGACUUCGGGCUCCAAAUCAAAGGGUUCUGUGUCAAAAAAACAGAAAGUUGAAAAGGAAAGCUUGAAGGAUGGAAGCUUUUCCACCAAGGACAAGGUUGCUGGCAAGAGGGAAACAAACAAGUCACCUGCAAAGGUUUCUGCCAAGACUCAAGGUAGAGGCAAAAGUUCCAAGAAGCCUAAAGCAGAGCCUACCAGAGAAGAGAUUCAUGAUGUAGUGGUAGAUAUUCUAAAAGAAGUGGACUUCAACACUGCAACAUUAUCUGAUAUUCUUCGGCAACUUGGUGCGCACUUUGAUCUGGAUUUGAUGCACAGGAAAGCUGAGGUGAAGGAUAUUAUUACUGAUGUGAUAAAUAACAUGUCUGAUGAGGAUGAGGAAGGGGAGGAAAGUGAGGAGAAUGCUGAUACAGGUGGAGAAGCUGGUAAAGAUGGGGAUGGGGAUGAUGAUGAUUAGUUCACUUAAGGGAUCAUAUGAUCAUGUAGAACAUGUGAGAUAUGUGCAGCCAUCGGUAAUUUAUCUCCCCCUGUGGGAUUUCAUUUGUAAUUCGCAGAAAUUAUAAAUUGGAGUAGUCAUUUUAGAUGUUCAAUAGGUGGGAUUGUACCAUAUGAGUUAGUGACUCUUUUGUAGUACCUUGUUGCUGGCCUGGCCUGGCCUCAAUUUACAUUUUUUUAGUUUUUUGUUUUCUGGCGUCGUCCCCCUUUCUAGGUUUAUUUUUUUGUUGAAAUAUUUUUAAGCUGUAUUUAACUGUUUAGUUAGAAUUGACCAGUGAAUGCUUUUCUUGUAGUAAAUUUGGUGCAGUUUACAAGA